AUGACGCUCAACUUUCCCCGCCGCUCGUUGCUCGCGGUGGUGGCAGCGGCUGUUCUCGCGGCCGUUCAAGUUGCUGAAAGUCAAAAGGUUGCUGAGGACAUUGGGACGUCUUCCACCCCAUCUCCAGUUUAUCCCACCGUCAACUUUCAGGUCCUCAAUGUGAACCAUGUGUUUCUGAGGCAGGACAGUCCUGAGCCAUCAGGGAACUCCAGCCUGAAGGCUCAGACUCAGACCUUUCUCCUCACUGGUCCGGGUGCUGGGCUCCUCCAGCCGACUGUCAACGCUUCGUAUGGCCCCCUGACUGUAGAUGCCCCAAUUCUUCCAGACCGGCUCCUCAGUGGGCCCAGGAUCCUGCCGGUCAUUUUGGUCCGCCAGGUCCGUUCCUCAUCCCCUGUUGUGAAGAUUCUCUUCCACAUGCCCACAGGAAGUGACAUCACUGUUGGGCAAGAAAGGGUGGGGCCUGGAGAAGAUAAUGGGAGAAAAAGUGCCGGAGCCAAGGCAAAGGAUGGAUCGCACUGUGUGACAGCCUACGCCUUCUGGGAGACGAGGGAAGUUCGUGGGGCAUGCCUGGUGUCUCUGGGUGGAUUCUGUGUGGCGCAGCUGAAGCCAGAACCUGCCUGGUUCAGCUCAGCCAGCCGAUCAGGCAGUUCAAGCAGGGAAGGAGGAAGAACUGAAGGAAUUAAAGGGCUUCAGGGGAACCUAGUAGAGGUCUACUUCCAGAGUCGGAGAGAUCAGACAGGCCAGUGUACCCCGCAGGAUAGCCUGCAGCGCGUAGGUGUGGGAAGAGGAAGAGACUCUGGGGGAUCAGGGACACCGAUGAGGCGUAUAGGAAGUGUCAGUCUGCUCAGAACUCCGCCAGGGAACCCCACCUUUCUUCGGCUGAGGCUGGGAGGUGCUGUGGUGAUCCAGACCUCUUCCAAGCCCCUGAAGACCACAGACGUCGCGGCUUUCUAUGUCUUCCUGGCGAGCACAUCAACACUGGAAAAUUUCACUCUCAGGGCGACAGUGAAGUCAGGCCUGUCAUUCAGUGCGGCGCGACCCAGUGACUCGGCGCUGUGGGACAUCGUGGUGGAGCCAGGCCGAGGAGCGACUCCCAACACCGUCUCCGUCGUCUGCCAGAGGAAGGUUGCUGUCACUGCAAAGAGGGGUCUUCUGGAAGUUUUACAGCUGGACUUUGUGCCAAUAGAAGUUUCAGAGCAGCCUGAGAGUCAGACGAUCUCCUGGCGCCUCGAGCUGCCGGGGAAUAUCAAGGACGUGGGCAUAAUGCGGAUCUACACCACUCAGAGAGACUACGUGGGGCUCGCACCUCUGGUCAUGAACACUGAUGUCUUGAAUACUGCGGCGCUGACGGGUGAAAUGGUGUCGGUCCCUGUGAAAACUCUGGCUGUGGAGGCCGACGGCUCAGUCUCUGAUGUGACCAACUACACCAGCUGCAGGUCUACAGAGGAGGAUGUGCUCAAGGUCUCAGAGCGAUGUGACUAUGUGUAUGUUAACGGGAAGGAGACAAGAGGGAGGAGCAGGGUGAUGCUCAACUUCACUUAUGGUUUUCUGAGUGCCCAGCUGGAGAUGAGCGUAUGGAUGCCGCGCCUGCCCCUGCUCAUCGAUGUGGCCGACCCCGAGCUGAGCCAGAUCAAGGGCUGGAGGGUCCCUGUUACUACGGGCAGCAGGAGGUCGACAUGGGACAGUGAGGAGGAGGAGGAGAUGAGGAAGGGCAGGGGUUGCAUGCUGCAGUACCAGCACUCUACACUCAGGGUGCUGACACACUUUAUAGCCCAGGCUGAUGCUGAGGUGAUGCCUGACCUGCUAACUGGGCCAGAGCCUGUCGAGUACUUCCUGGGUCCUGACUGGCAGGUGGAUGUUACCAAUCUUGUACGCUAUUCUUUAAAAGUGGCAGAUCCUGAUGUAGCCAGGGUGCAGGAUGGGGUGGUGCUGCAGGGACGAGCUGUGGGCACCAGUACUGUACAGGUGCUGUCCCCGCUGACGUCGUCGGUCCUCGCUGAGAGGAGCAUCCGGGUGGUGGACGACAAAGUGAGUGUGACAGAGCUGGGGGUGCAGUUGGUUUCCGGACUCUCUCUGUCCCUGCAGCUCAGCUCAGGGAGCAACAGGGCCAUCGUUGCCACGGCAACCACACGGGAGAUGAUCACGCAGCUCAAACAGGAAGCCGUGGUCAGCUGCUGGGUUCAGUUCAGCGAUGGCGCUGUCGUUCCACUGGGGCUGUUUGACCGCAGCAUCUACUCUCUGACAGUCUCUACCCCGGAUGAGGCGGUGGCCACAGUACGGCGCACCCCGCAGUCCACAUUCGUAGUAGCACAAAGUGAAGGUGAAGGCCGGGGGGCGCUAGUGAGAGUGGAGCUGAGGAUCUGUGAGGAAUGCCAGAAGUCCAAGAGGAAGAGCAAGUUGGCAGUGGGCACGGGGCUCCUCAGGAUCAACUUCCAAAGUAGCAGUAGAGGCAUAGCAGGGGGCGGUGGCGGUGUUGAUGGGGUUGGCACUGACGGAAGUAAAGAUUUUGAGGGUGGUGCAUCAGAAGUGGUAGGUGAGCUUAAAACGACAGUGACAUCACAGCGUGCUGUCACAAAUAUGGAUAAAUGGCUGCUCAGAAGCACGGCACCCGGCCGGCAAGAGCCCAGCCGGACAGAAAGCACCACCUCAACCACACUGUCAACAAGAUAUAUGCAGCCACAUGUCGUGUGGAUUGGGACUACAGCCAGAGCUACAAGAGCUACCACGUAUGCUGUCAUUUCCUCUACUGCCACUACAGCUAGCAGCAAACCGGCCGUGAAUACACCACUGGGCACUGCCAGACCCCCUGCCAGACCUAAAGACACAACAGUGGGUUUAGUUGGUAAAGGAGAAGGACAGAAGAGAAGCUAUGGGAACAUGCUCGACAACCCAAUUCCUCCUUCUAACAAAGACGUCCCUAAAGCAGAAAUAACACCCAAGAGGGAGCCUCCUAAAUCUAAAACUCCAAAAGUAAUUGAGAGCGACCUCAUUAGGACAUUCAGAGCCAUGUCGGACUUGGAAAUUGGGAUGUAUGCCUUGGUGGGGGUCUCCUGUGUUGCUAUCUUGGCUUUUUUGCUCAACUGUGCUUCAUAUAACCUCUGUUUCCGGAAUCACAAGACCCCCAUACAGGCAGGCCCGGCACCCAGCGGGGACCCGAAGGAUCACAAGCACGACUGGGUGUGGCUGGGGAGCAACACUCAUAACACUCCCGCCCCAGGUGCUCCUGUCCAAGUGUCCACGCUUAAACGUGAGGUUCAUCGCCCUCUGGAUUCCCGUCACUCCAUGGACUCCAUCGCCCACCGCAGCCUGGAGAGCACCCUGCCCACUGUGAGCGCCCCCGCUGUCCCCGAAAGAACUGCCACCCUGGGCCGCAGCAGGGCCAGCACCCAGCAGCAGCAGUUUCAGGGAAAGGCAAUUGACCCCAUGGCAAACCGUUCAGCCACGUUGCUGGCCAGGCCACAUCGCAGCGAGCCACUUCAUUCCCCCACCAGUAAGCGGAACCAGGUCCAGUUCACCACCUUCACCACGCUGGACAUCAAGCACUUGGCUGCACUGAAGAAGAACGGCGUGGACUUAAACUGGGCCAACCAGCAGACGCAGCAACACCAGCCCCCCGCCGAGCCCCGGACACCUUUACCUGACAUGCCGUGGCCUGUGGUCAAACCUCUUGGAGAGCCCCAGUGA